AUGGCAUCAAUUUCAUCAAAAACUGCAUUGACAACCCUACGACAGCUGUUAUCAGAAUUACGCAAGCAGAGUUCAAGUCCAAAGUUAGCUGAGAACCAAAUGGCAAGAUACAUAUUGAGCCAAUACCGGAAGUACCAAACAACAGACCAGCAACUUUGUAAAGCAGCAGAUGAAAUGCAUUUUAGGGCUAAAAGCUAUUGUGAAUACCUUCACAAUGCUAGACGCUAUAGGGAAAUAAAUACCGAGUUCAAAGGAAAAGGGGAGAGGACUGUGGGAGAAACUGCUAAUAUGGUGGGGUUCAAAAUGCCACAUGAUCCUAAGUGA